AUGUCGGAAACAAGCGCAGAAUCCCUCAGGGUCCCGCCGCUACGCCCUCCCUCAUCGAUCUCGAUGCUUGCAGACCGGCUAAAGUGCUCGAACCUUCACGAUCCUCCAUACGAUCUCAAUCCAGUAGGGUCUGUCGAUCGCACGGAAACCAUGUUCAUGAGGCGUGCGCGACGCCCCAAAGCAGUGAAUUUUACAGAUGAAGAGGUUUGUUGGAUUAACGACGUUAUCCCUGAUAACCAACGGCCCCCUACUACCUCCUCAGACGUUGAUGCUAGUCCUAUCACCUGCGAUUCUGGAAAUGAGGACUCAGAAAGUUGGCCUGAACAGGAUACCCCGCGCCUGUGUCCACACCUUUUCCCCCACUCCCGUUCCGUGGGCAAAUGCAAGCGCGAGCCUCCCAGCGUUAAGCCAGCGAGCCAAGUCGGCACUUACCCUAUCUCGUCGUCAUCUCGGGCCCCUGAAAGCACAGAUGACUUACCCAUCGUUUCGAAUCUCUACCAGCCUAAUUUGCAACGUUGUUUAUCAACAAGUGCACCUGAUGGUCCUGGCGCCCUCUUCAUCACAGCCACAGAUCCAGUCACGUGGAGUGAAGCGGAAGAGCGGAAAUGUUGCUGCUUCUGUCAGCAGCGGCUCGACUCGACCGAGAACGCACCCUCUCAACAACCCCCUCCAAAGCGUUCUUGUCGAUCACAGAGCGUAAGCUCGCAUCAAAAGCUUCCAGGCGGCGCAGGACCACGGAGAGGCAUCGCACGACCCAUUGCACUCAGAAUCCCACAAAGGGCCGUUUAUUCACCUGCCACAGCGAUUAACACUACCGCUAGUACCUCCGCUCUUUCCUCCACUGCUCACGCACUUGUCGCCUCAGGUUGUGUUAAACUACGCAAUACGACCUCCACAGGACACCAGUUGCGUGCAGCGACUUCUCGACUUUCCUGGCAUCACCCGGUUGCAUGUGGUGGAAGUAGGCGUUACAUAGUUUAUCCUGGCUUUUCGGGUUGCUCACGCCAUAGCGUGGUAUGUGGCGGUACAACCCCGGAGCUCACGGGAGAGGUAAAACUGCGGAAACCUCCUUCUCUUGCCAGCAUUUCAACUUCCAUGUCGAAUACCAGCGACUUCAGCCAUCACCGUCUGUCCGCGUUUACUCCAACAACGCAGUCGCGACGCAUGAGUCUAACAGGCGAUGAAGGUGAGACGAUGGUCCCGAUUACAGCCUUCUCUCCGGACACCGUUUCCUCGCCUUACGGGGGCAUUGGUGUGCCCCCCUCUGUGGCUUUAUUCCGUCCCACAGUCUCCGCGGCCUCUUCUGGCUUUUUCCAGGACAGUUGCAGCCUCUCGCAUUCCUCCUGCAGCAGUUCCACUAACUCAGAUCAGCACUCUUCUCGGGUCGGGAACCAAAUACACCACUGUAGCCUGGUUAGCAAGACUGUUAACAAUAAGAUUCCUCAGUCUGACGAGUCCACCGACUCGACAACCAGUCUCUCUGUCUUCGACCAGCAGCACCAUGCGUGCGCCAUAGAAGCAAAACUACGUUGCCAGUCGCAGCCUGCUUGUGCUGCGGGCGCUCCCACUUGCGGUUGCGGCUCAGUCGCCUCUGCAGAGUGCCUCUCCCGACAAGUUGGCCUCAAGCGACGUCGAUGCAGCCAUGACGUGGACUUGGCCUGGGAAUCCGACAAUAAGGGCUUCCUAAUGACUUCACAACAGCACGUCAGUUCCUUUGAGAACGCCUCCACCUCAGAUCUUGCUGUAGAAGCUGCCACUGUCAACCAUGACGCAUCGGCCAGUCCUCUGCGCAUACAGCAACAGAGCCAAGCGGAAAUUGCUGUCUACCCACAGGAUUCAGAGGCGGCUUUCAUCAUCUCCUGUUGCCGAAAAGAGUUGUCCGGCCUGUCUGAGGCGAGCGAAGAAGAGGAAUCCAACGAGGCAGCCCUUAUUCAACACCAACAUUGCUGUCCUCUGGAGGAGUAUGACACGGGAACCCUAACCCCACCUCCUCCCCAAACCCGCUUUCGUCCCAUCGCACCCUCUCCCUCACAGGACGAGGACCCCGAAGGUCACCACCACCACAGCUCGUUUUCCACCGAAGGUUCUCCGUGCUCCUUUAAGACCAAUGAUCCCAACAUCAUUGUGUUCAGUGAUGAUGAGGAGAAUGACGUUGACGACGAUGACUCAUUCGGAGCCAUCGCACCUGGUCUAAGUCAUCGUCAAAGGUGUUCCCCUAUGCAAACUGAAGAUGUCGCCUCUACCCCAUCAAUGGAGAAGUACCAAGAAUUGGACAUCAACAUGAUCGAGCAAGAUUGA